AUGGCCUCCUCCUCAUCCUUCUCCAACAGUAGUGCAUAUAGGUCAGCCAGGCAAGUUCGAAGAAGGUGCGAUUGUGAUGAACCGGUCAGCAUGUGGAAUUCAUGGAAACCGAAGAACCCUAGAAGGAGAUUCCUUGGUUUCCCCAAUUACAAGGAUAAGGAGAAGGAUUGCAAAUUCUUUGAAUGGAUAGAUCCUCCAUUACCAAACAACUGGUACAAACAAAUGAUCUAUGAUUUUCAUAACCAAGGAAUUCAUGGAGUCAAUGUUGAAGAAUUUGAAGACUUUAUGGAUGAAGAUGUGGAAGAAGUAGUGCAACAGAUUCCUCUGCAAGUGGAAGGUGGAAUGGUUGUUAGGGGAUGUAAGAUAUGGUGUUUCGUUGGUUUGAUUGCAAUUGUUUGGGUUAUGGUUAUGUAA